AUGCCGCCGUAUUGGUUCUUAGAAUUUAAAACUAAAAUUAAACGCAUCAAUUUGUUUGAAGAUAUUGAUGAAACAAAUGAAGAAGAUAUCAAAAAUCAAAAAAUAUCGACAAUUAUCUUUCUUAUUCUGUUUACAAUAUCAAUUGUUGCUCUCUUUCUCUAUUCAUCGUUAAGUCCUAUAACAAAAACGGUAGUUGUUGAACAACCUUCUUUAUCUGAUUAUCAACAAUUAGAAGAAAAAUAUUCAAAUACAUUAUUAUGUCCAUGUACAAGUGUUUCUAAUCAAUACAACAAAUUCAUAUCAUCAUUUACACCGACUUUCAAUCAAAUCUGCUCAAGUGAUUUUGUUAGUGACAAAUGGCUCAAUUAUAUUAAUUAUCGUUUAUUUCUUGAAACACAAUAUCAUUUUGUAUGGGAUUUUCGUCAUUCAGCUUAUGGUUUUUUUGCUAUGCUACGUACACUUUGCGUAAUAGCUAAACAAGUAAUUGAUGAUCAAUUAAUUUCAUUCUAUUCUACAAUUUUACUUACAGAAAAUACCAUUUCAGAAGAUAUAUUUUUAGCGAAUAUAAAUGCAAUUCAUGAUCAGUUUAUAAAUGCAAGUGCAGCUGAUUUUAUAAUUACACUUGACUCAGUUAUAUUAAUGGGAUUAGUUAGUAAUAUGGUCAUCAAUCAGUUAGAAACAAAUUGGCAAUUAUUUCUUAUGUUAUACUCGAAUAAUGAAUUUUCCGGAGCUUGGAUGGCUCGACCAUAUUCAAUAGUUGGAAAUUGUUUAUAUACAAGCUCUGUAUACUGUAGUAUAACAACAGGUAUUUACUUAAGGAAACUUCCCAAUGAGACAUCAUCGGAUUUAUGGUGGGUAAAAUAUCGAGCAGAAUUACAAUUUGAAGUUCCAGGUGUACUUGUAGGUCCUCUCAUACUCGACUCUGUUCUUCGAUCAAAUAUUUCAUGCUUAUAUGAUGAAAGUUGUUUAUCGAAACUAAACACAUAUUUAAAUGAUUCACUUUCUCCAUUCAAUGCAACACCUUUAGCAGUACCUUCUUCUGCUUCGCCUCUUCCAACCAUUAAUGAUACAGCUAAAAAAUUAAUGGUGGAUUCUUGGCAACUAAAUUCAUCUUAUCAACUUUAUUUCAAUGCGUGCAAUCCAUUAACUUGCACAUAUACUUAUACUCAUCAGUUUGAUAUUCUUUUUAUUAUUACGACUGUUAUUUCAUUUAUUGGUGGAAUUGUAACAGUUCUUAUGAUCGUAAUAUUACCGACAGUCAAAUUCUUAAGAAAAAAAUUUAAAACUUUUAACCCAUUGUCAUCAUCAGAAGUUGUACCACAUGAAAUUAAUAUUGGUACGUAUUGUAACUAG